GAGGAGCGGCGGUGCAGCCCCCGCCCGCCUGUCCCCGUCCCUGCGCCAGUGCGGGCGUCCUGCCGCCCCGCCAGCCCCAGAAAUGCCCCGUGUCCGCCGCCUCCUCGCCCUGCUGCUCGCCCUCCUGCCCGCCCUGCCGCCCCCCGCAGCCCCCGCAGCCCCCCGCCACCUCCCGACACACAGACCGGCUUUCACGUGCGGCGGCGUACUGUCCGGAGAGACCGGGUUUCUUGGCAGCGAGGGCUUCCCCGGAGUCUACCCUCCCAACAGCAAGUGCACCUGGAAGAUCACAGUUCCUGAGGGGAAAGUCGUCGUCCUUUCCUUCCGCUUCAUCGACCUGGAGAGUGACAACCUGUGCCGCUAUGACUUCGUGGACGUGUACAACGGCCACGCCAACGGGCAGCGCAUCGGCCGCUUCUGCGGCACGUUCAGGCCCGGCGCACUGGUGUCCAGUACCAACAAGAUGCUGGUGCAGAUGAUUUCGGACGCCAACACGGCCGGGAGUGGAUUCAUGGCCAUGUUCUCCGCCGCAGAACCGGACCGGAGAGGAGACCAGUAUUGUGGAGGGAGACUAGACAAACCUACAGGCUCCCUGAAAACCCCUAACUGGCCGGAUCGAGAUUACCCCGCGGGGGUCUCUUGCUUGUGGCACAUCGUAGCCCCCAAGAAUCAGCUCAUAGAGCUCAGGUUUGAGAAGUUCGACGUGGAGAGAGACAACUACUGCAGGUACGACUACGUGGCCGUGUUCAACGGAGGGGAGGUGGAUGACGCCCAGAGAAUCGGCAAGUUCUGCGGAGACAGCCCGCCAGCACCCAUCGUAUCUGAGCGAAAUGAACUUCUCAUUCAAUUCUUAUCCGACUUGAGUUUAACUGCUGAUGGCUUCAUUGGUCAUUACAAAUUCCGGCCCAAGAAAUUACCUACAACCCCAGCAGCGCCUGUCACAACUCCUGUCCCUACCACCACAAGUUUGAAGCCUACCGUGCCCCUUUGUCAGCAGAAGUGCAGGCGCCGAGGGACCCUGGAGAGUAAUUACUGUUCCAGUAAUUUUGUGCUGGCAGGAACCGUGAUCUCCACAGUCCCACGAGGGACCAGCCUGCAGGCGACUGUGUCAAUCAUUAACGUGCACAAAGCGGGGAACCUGGCCAUCCAGCAGGCGGGCAAGAAUAUGAGCGCCAAGAUCAUCGUGGUCUGUAAGCAGUGCCCCCUCCUUCGGAGAGGCCUGAAUUACAUUAUCAUGGGCCAGGUGGAUGAAGAGGGCCGAGGGAAAGUUUUGCCAAGCAGCUUCAUCAUGAAUUUCAAGAUGAAGAAUCAGAAGCUCCUGAACGCCUUGAAUAACAAGCAGUGUUGAAGGCGAACUCUCCAAAAGCACCACACUCCGUAGAAGUAACCAGCUCAGUGAACCGUCGCGCGAUCUGACGAGAUCAAGCCGUUGGCCACGAUGGAAGCAUCUAUAGCUGCUAUUUACCCAGAGGGCAUCCAGGAGCGAAGAGCUCCCUCCGAUAAGCCACGCGAUCUAUUGCAGUUACCAUCCGAAAAGGCCGUAUACCACCCUCCCCCCGGCUACUUGGAAACUGUUAAUUUAUACAUCUCUGGAAAAGGAUUUCUUUAAGAAAUGAGUUGUGUGAAGAUGUAAAAAGGAAAUUUCUAAGUGCAAUAUUUAUACUGAAUUUCAUUUUCACGUUCAGCAUUUGCUCAGAAUGUUGUUACACGGCGCCCGCAUUUUUAGCGAUGCUUAAUAAAAUAUUUUAAGACAUUG